AUGGUCAGAUUUAAGAAAAUGCAAUUGGACGUUAAUGACUACUAUGUAGAAACUUACACAUACGGUGGACUUGGGGAAUAUGGUAUCUACACAUUAUCUCUUUACACAUAUACAUCAUCUGGUAAUGAACCUACACAAACAAUAGAAUGCCAAACAUUAACGGAUGUUCCAGCACGAGCACCGGAUACAGUGGAAGCAGUUGGUAUAUCAUACACUGAAAUUGAAGUAGACUGGACAGAAAUAGAAACGAAAGAUAGAAAUGGAGUACUCCUAGGUUAUAGAAUAAUAUAUUAUAAGUUUGUAAGCGCCUGGCCAAGUAAUAUUACAGUGGACAACACAACUCUUCAGCAUACUAUAACAGGACUUGACUUUGAUACAUAUUACUAUGUCGGCGUGACAGGAUUUACAAGUGCGGGAGAUGGACCAGUGACAACUGACACCAAUAAAACUUUAGGUUUACCGACCAACCCACCUGAAACGGUGACAAGAUAUUAUUGUUACGAAGCUGUUCCUGGUAUCCUUGUUUUUGGUUGGGAUGAAAUGCCAUGUACCUGUUAUGUUGGAUUGAUAGGAUUACUAAUUGUCAUCAAUUUUAUAUCUUGUCUUUGUUGUUGUUUCCGCAAAAAGUCAGACCCUGAAGACGAUAUGCAUUCAAGAGGAAGACGAAAAUUUCAAAGAGAAAAUUCGGUCGGACCUUCAUAUGACACGGAUAGCUGCUACAGUCUUGAUAAUGAAGACAGAAAAUGGAAAGAUCGUGGUAAUAUCACAGCACGUGACAUAUUUAUAACAUCACCAAGUCCUAGUGAAUACCCGCCUGACUAUUUUGACGAUUCAAUAUUUCCACCACGUAAAAUGACAAUUAUGCCAAGAGUAGGUAAAAAUAUAAAAGCUGAAAACAAAGCAAAAGACGAGGAGUACUACACUGACUCAGGAGAAAGAAAUAAUGCUGCAAUUAAAGAAGACGAUUAUGAUAGUGUAUAUCAUUCUGAUGAAUCACCCCCUAUAACACCAAGCACAAAAAGAAAAAUUAAAGUCGAACCACUACAGUUGUCAGAUCUGGACGACAAAAUUCAAACCAAGUCAAAUCAUCAGCUCUCAAAUAAACGAGUACUAUCACAAAAUUCCAAACAGAUAAAAGAACAAUCUACUACUGAAGUUAACACAACCAAAUCAAAUGACGAAGAUAAUAUGUCAAAAGAGGACAGGUCUCGAAAGAAACAAAGAGAAGACAAGAAAGUUUUAAAUAAACGAACGCCUUCUAAAAGCUCUUAUCGUUCACCAGGCACACAAAGACAACCGAGAGGGAGUCGAAAACCCAAAUUCAGUACUUCAUCUAGCGAUUACUCAGAUGACGAGCAUUCCUACAACGAGAACAUUUUGGGACACAAUGAAAACUCUGGCAGCAACACAGAAAGUGAUGACAAUACAUCCCCCGAAAAGGAAUCUAAAACAGAAAUAAAACGUAAACCAAAUUUACAAAAUGUACAUGCUUCGCAAAAAAUAGAUAAACGUAACGUCACCGAGAAACUGCCUUACGAUAUGGAACAUUCACCUCAUGAUCUCGAUCAGUUGUUUCUCUGCCGGUUAAGGAACCCACCAAAGAUGAAGCGUGUUGCAUCAGACAUAAUAAUUAAGAAUAGAGGCAUAAAAAAUAUGCAAAACCGACAAUUACCUAAAAACAAUAGUCUUCCUGAAUUCAAUGCACACCAAAGUAAUAAUUCAGGGCAUAAUGAUGAUUAUGAACAAAUCAAUAAACAAAAUAGUAAAGGACAACCAAAACACUUUGGUAAAUCCAAGGAAUACCCCGAUAAAGAUUCAGCUAACACAAAUCGUGGACCGUCCUACGGCAAUUAUGACGAUGUAAAUCAAGAUAAUCACGAUAGUUCUGAAAAUACAUAUAGACGGCCAGACAGAGUUGUUAAUAUCAAUGUUACACCACAAAAUUCUAACGAAAACAAUCAGCUUCAGCAAAAGCUUAAUUUAGAUAAUCUUAAUGGUGAAGAUUUGUCAAGAAGAAUGCAUAAAAGCAUGAGUGCACCAGAUUUUACAAAACAAGACAACCCGUAUGAAUCGAUGUUAGACAAAAGAGAACAAACGUUUCGAAACAAAAUCCAUGGGAUAUAUGAACCACCUCAGAUAACAGAAACAACCGAUGAUUACAAGGCACCAGAUUUUCAUCAAGAAAAUGGUACACGUCGCACGAGUCCUUCACAGCUUAGGAAAAGGUGGGAGCCAGAUAAUCAAACCAGGUUCAAUAUAUAUCCUGUCAAUGCAAGCGAGACAGGAAUAGAAAGUGAAAAUGAAAGAGAUGAACCAAGAAAGCAAUCGCGAUCCGGGAAGAGCAUGGAAUAUCCAGCAAUAAUAGAGCCAUUAUAUUAUUCGUCUGUUCCAGGUAUAUCAGACGAAUCUGCGAAGCAUAGGGAGCGUCCUCAACCAGGGACGCAAUAUAUGGACACAAGUAACAAUAAAACCCAUCCAUAUGAACUGACUUUAAACAAAAGGCAAGAAAAUCUUCAAAACAAUGCCAAUGACAUGCAUGAAUCAUCUCAGUUAACGGAACCAAUCGAUAAUUACAAGGCACCAGGUAUUCAUCAGGAAACUGAUAAACGUCGCACGAGUCCUUCACAGCUCCAUAGUAGAGGACAGCUAGAUGAUCCAACCAGGUUCAAUAUAUAUCCUUUAAAUGCUAGUAAGGCAGAAAUAGCAAGUGAAAAUGAAAGAGAUAAAUCAAAAAAGCAAACACAACCGAAGAGGAACACCGGAAAUCCGGAAAUAAGCGAGCCAUUAUAUUAUUCGUCUGUUCCAGCUGAUAUAUUAUCAAACGAAGCUGAUAAUUAUAGAGAGAGUCCUCCUCAAAGUACGCAAUAUCAAGAUUCAAGUAUCAUGAAAGACCGAAACCCAGAAAACGUUGGUAAACGAGUACGUACUAUGAUUAAUCCGGCGGAAGACUUUGCUAAUCCUCGAACAAACCAUGAUGCUGAUAAUGAUGUAAUAAAACCGGAUAAAGCACAGCCCAAUAGAGGAAUACUAAAGAAAUAUACAGGAUCUGGAAAUACUCCUAUCCAAAAUGACAACAAAACAAAUGUUAAUCCAAAAUCUAAAGCUCCGAAUCAACACGGUAAGGGUUCUCUCAACGAUUCAGCAGUGCCUGGCAUAUCAAACGAAAGUGCAAGAUUUCGAGACAGUCCAUUCAGGCAAGAUAAUAAAGACCCCUAUAAAACAAGCAAUAGAAAAGAUUAUCCAGAUGAUAGUAAACAACAAAGUUCUGCAAAGGAACAGCAACAUAUGUCAGCCAGGCCUAUUAAUGACGAAACUUCAAAUAUGCCGACCGGAUUUUAUCAUGCACCUAGUAAGACAGCAGGAAAACCUGUAAAUCAACCAAACGAGAAACGUAACUUUGAUAAACCUCCUGGUUCAAACAAUGCUCCUAAUGACACUCCAGAUCCUGUUGAUUUAGAUGACCCAAAUAUAAAUGUAGUGAUGAAAAUGUCAACUUAUCAAAAAGUACUUGAUUUCAUUAACUUGCUGAAAAAAACGAAACCAAAAUAAUCAAAACUGUUAUGAAUUUAUAAGUUGGGUGUAUGAAUGUUUACAACGUUCAACUUGAACAAUGAUACGUUUACUUUUAGAAAAAUUUAAUCCUGUGUAUUUUAGAACCAAUGGUACCAUUUGAGAGUUUAACAUUUAUCGUGGAUACAUUUCAACAGGUGCUUCGAAGAUACUUGAUUCAUUGUCCUCAUAUUUCAUAUGUAAUACAAUUGUUAAAACAAAUAAAAAAAUCGGACAAGUUCGAGAAAA